AUGUCUGAUCAAGAGGAUGAUGCAUUUGUACUGGAUGUACUUAAGAGUGGUGCUUUUCUUGUCCUCGAAACACCACUUACAACAGAUGCAUUAAAGCGUGUACGUCAAGACAUAAUCCGCAAAAGACUGCAUAAGCUUGGAAAAUGUGAAAAGAACAUAACUCAUAAGACUGCGACACCAGAAAUAGAGUUUAGUAAAUGGAAAUAUAUUGAAGAAAAUUUGACACAAGUUGGCCCAAGUAACUUUGACAAUAAACUUGUCUCAGAAUCCUCAGAUAAUGGCAAUGAUGGUUUGAAGAAGAAGUUCAGCAUUGAGUGGACACCAGAACUUUGUGAGAAGUUCGAUAAUGUUCUAAUUCAGCUUGGAGAAGGAAGAUGUCAUCCAAGUGAGAUACAUAAGCUUAUGAAUGUCCCUGGUCUUACAAAAAGGCAGGUUUCCAGUCAUCUUCAGUUUCUGAUUGUUAUUUUCUUUGCUAUGCAACAAGAAUUCUAUUGA